CUCACCUUGACCCACAUUGCUUCACGCAACACUUGUGUCGUCUUCUUUUCACGCUUCUUGUUCUUGUUCUUGUUCUUGUUGCUGAUAUAUAAAGCCCUUCUUCCUCUAGAUCCUACGUCUCACUUCUGCCGCUGAAUAUCUGACUGGCUCCAGCCGGAAAACGCACCAUGGCGCCAAUCCCCUCCAAUGGUGUUCCCCACCACAAGCAACUCGAGCAGGUCAUUCGUGAACCUGGCAGAAGGCCGUCGCCUCAACCCACACACCUCAAUGUCACUGGCAGCCAUGCACAGCGCAUCGUGCAUGAGAAGGGCUUCGGAUAUGUUGCUCCCAAGUUUGAGGGCAAGGAGCAGCAGCAGGAAAAGGUCAUGGACCAGGUGGAAGAGAAAGGCUUCAUUCCGCCUGACUUUGUAGAGUCCGAGACAACCUGGUUUUACAAUGAGUUGGGCAUUGACGACAUGUACUUCCAGACCGAGUCUGUCGAAGCCAUCGUCAAUCACAUCCAUUCUCUCUACGCUGCCAAGAUCGCUGCGUACGCCCGCGACGACAAGCGUCUGGAAAUCCGGCUCGAUAAAGAAGCUUCAGAUCACGCAGUCUACAUCGAUACCAGUGUCCCUGGUAUCACGUCGGUCCAGGGUCCACAAUAUGAGCAGAGAAUUGACGAGAAAUACCUUGAUGGGUCCUCAGGACAGUCGAAGUACCGUGUGGAGACAUUCAGAUCUGCUAGUCCUCUGCCCAGCAACCAGGACCAGUCUCUUCGCUGUUAUUUCGUAUACGAGUGCGAGUUUGAGAAUCCCAAUCCGGGAGUCACAGAGACAGACCUGGCGAAGAUCUCCGAUAAGCGAUUCCUACAGAAAGCCACCCAGAAUACCAAAGAGAUCUACGAAGAAGUCAUGCAGAUGGCUGUAACGCGAACUGGACCAGUCAUUGAGUACUUUGACGUGGAGGGAACGAGGGAGAAGCGCGUCGUUGUUGCAUUUAGACAGGGCUCCGCUCUCGGCCUGUUCAGUGCCUUGAGCGAUCUGUACCACUACUACGGCCUGACAUCAUCGCGUAAAUACGUCGAGCAGUUCUCGAAUGGAUACACGGUCAUGUCGCUGUAUCUGCGACCUGUCACCCAGGCGUCGGCAAAGCAUCCACCCAUCGAAGCAUCGAUCCACCAAGUCAUCAAGGAGAUAUCUCUCCUCUACUGCGUCCCGCAAAACAAGUUCCAGGCGCACUUUGCGCUUGGUCGUCUCAGUCUUCAGGAGACCAUCUAUGCUCACUGCGUCUGGGUCUUUGUUGGGCACUUUCUCAACCGCCUGGGCAGUGAGUAUACCGCUCUCACGGAAAUUCUUGAAGCAGACAACAGUGUACACGCCGAGCUGCUCUCAAAUCUGAAGCGCCGGCUGCGUACUGAGACCUUUACCUCUGACUACAUUCUUGAGAUCAUCCACCAGUAUCCGGAUCUAGUCCACGCACUUUAUCUCUCGUUCGCAAACACUCAUUACGUUCAGUUGCGAGGAGAGACGGAUGAUUUUCUGCCAACGCUGAGCUUCCAGAGAUUGUCGCUGGACAAGGUCUUGAGCGACGCUGAUCUUCAAGGUCUGAUCGCCAAGUCUGUUGCCAACGAACAUCACCUUUGGGUCAUGACAGCUUUCCAGACUUUCAACACCGCUGUGCUUAAGACGAACUUCUUCACUCCGACCAAGGUAGCACUUAGCUUUAGGAUGGACCCGCGAUUCCUGCCGAAGUCAGAAUAUCCACAGCCGCUCUAUGGUAUGUUCCUGAUCAUCAGCUCCGAGUUCCGUGGGUUCCACUUGCGGUUCCGUGACAUUGCACGUGGUGGUAUCCGCAUCGUCAAGUCUCGAAGCCAGGAAGCCUACUCGAUCAAUGCGCGGUCUUUGUUCGACGAAAACUACAACCUGGCCAACACUCAGCAACGGAAGAAUAAGGAUAUUCCGGAAGGUGGCUCGAAGGGUGUCAUUCUGCUUGAUGUUGACCACCAGGACAAGACCCGAGUCGCUUUCGAGAAGUACAUUGACAGCAUCCUCGACUUGCUACUGCCGCCAAACAGCCCUGGAAUAAAGGAUCCUAUUGUCGAUUUGCAUGGGAAAGAGGAGAUCUUGUUCAUGGGUCCAGACGAGAACACCGCCGAUCUUGUCGACUGGGCGACGGAACAUGCGAGGAACCGGGGAGCUCCGUGGUGGAAGUCGUUCUUCACUGGUAAGAGCCCCAGGCUUGGUGGCAUUCCUCACGAUCGUUAUGGAAUGACUACGUUGUCUGUCCGCGAGUACGUCAAGGGAAUCUACCGCAAGCUCAAUCUCGACCCCAGCAAGGUGCGCAAAUUGCAGACUGGUGGCCCUGACGGUGACCUUGGUUCGAAUGAAAUUUUGCUGGGCAACGAGAGCUAUGUCGCUAUCGUGGACGGCUCUGGUGUGCUCGUAGACCAGAACGGUAUUGAUAGGACUGAACUGCUCCGUCUGGCGAAGAAACGUGCCAUGAUCUCGGAGUUUGACACGUCCAAACUGUCCAAGAACGGCUACCGUGUGCUGGUCGAGGAGAACAAUGUCCGUCUACCCAAUGGUGAGACUGUCAACAACGGGACUACAUUCCGCAACCUCUUCCACCUCCGGAGCGACAUGCAGUAUGAUACUUUUGUACCAUGUGGCGGCCGUCCCGAGUCUAUCAACCUCAACUCCGUGAGCAAGCUCAUCAAAGACGGCAAGUCGGUCAUUCCGUACAUCGUGGAGGGCGCCAACCUGUUCAUCACUCAAGACGCCAAGCUGCGACUCGAGAAAGCCGGCUGCAUCCUGUAUAAAGAUGCGUCUGCCAACAAGGGAGGUGUCACGUCGUCUUCGCUCGAAGUUUUGGCGUCCUUGUCUUUUGAUGAGGAAGGCUUCGUAGAGAACAUGUGCAUCCGCGCCGACGGCACCGCGCCAGACUUCUACAACCAGUACGUGAAGCAAGUCCAGGAAGUGAUCAAGAACAACGCUGCACUUGAGUUUGAGGCAAUCUGGCGGGAGCACCAGAAGACUGGCCAACCGAGAAGCUCGCUCAGCGACACGCUCAGUAUCGCCAUCACCCAGCUUGACGAGGAGCUACAGAAGACCGAGCUCUGGAACAACGUGCAGUUGCGCGAGGCUGUCCUCAAAGACGCUCUCCCGAACCUUUUGCUGAACAAGAUUGGUCUCUCAACUCUGCUUGGGCGCGUCCCAGAGAACUAUCUGCGAGCCAUUUUUGGCAGCUAUCUCGCGUCACGCUUCGUGUACGAGUAUGGCAUCUCUGCCAGCCAGUUUGCGUUCUUCGACUUCAUGAACAAGCGCAUGGCCAAGCUCCAGCAACAGCACUAGAUUGCACUUUCCAUAUAAUGCUGGUCAUUGUCAAGACAGUCUAGUCUUUCUUUUAUAGGAUACAUGAAGCGUAGGGAGAUCAAGGAAACGUAGAAAAAUGCAUAUCACAAAACUUGCCUGAACAGGCGGCGGUUAGGACAUGAAAUGGCGUUGGCGGGCCUGUAUUUAGAGCUUGCUUGGGUCGUCGGCAUGAAUGGAUGGAUGGAUGUUCCCAGAUGGCCACCAUAACAGCACGCGACGAAGAAGGAGAGGAAGCGUCAUCAAAAGGGCGAAUAUAGAAAUAUACACUUUGGAUGUUAUGUUCGCUUGGGCAGCUGCUGUGCGGAGCCAGCUUAGAUAGUACUCGAAAGUAUCAUCAACGCUCACGUUGCGACUCGAUCAAUGACGGCGGGUAAGGUGUGCCGGAAUGCCUU